UUCACUUCGAAAGAAUCGACUCCCUGAAUGAAUCUGAUCCGAGUCGGUCGUCUCGGUUUGUUUGUGCUGUCUUGAGACGCGGAACACGCAAGAUCGUAAUGGCAGUCCAGGUGUUUUGCCGGGGUCAGCGCUUGGCUCUGCUCAUGCUCAGUAGGAGUGUGUCUCACAGCAGUGUCUCCAUCAGCGAGCCGGACUCACACACACACACACCUGCGCCAUUCUCCCGCUCCGCCAUCGGGACCUUCUUCCAGGAGCGACCUCUGCUCACAAACCCCUUUACCCAGGAUGCACUGCUCCGGGCCUACCUGCAGCGCCACCUACCUGAUCAGCAGGUGCAGCGGGAUCUCCUGCUCUUCGGUGACCGGCUGGUCUCUGAGAUCGAGGCUCUGGGUCGUCAGUGUGAGCUGAGUCCUCCUGUGCUGCAGCGCUAUGACGCCUGGGGCCGCCGCGUGGACCGCAUCCUCACCUGCGACGCCUGGACACGCCUCAAACACAUCUCUGCACAGGAGGGCCUGGUGGCAGCGGGGUACGAGCGCACCUACGGAGAUUGGAGUCGAGUGUAUCAGAUGAGCAAGAUCUACCUGUUCGCGCCGUCCGCUGGACUCUACACCUGCCCGCUGGCCAUGACGGACGGAGCUGCUAAAGUCAUCGAGUCUUUAGGAGUGCCGGUCAGAGAAGCGUUCGAGCGUCUGACCACACGUGAUGAGAAGAGGUUCUGGACGUCCGGACAGUGGAUGACCGAGCGCAGGGGAGGAUCUGACGUCUCGAGUGGUACGGAGACGGUUGCCAGGCGACAGCAGGAUGGAUGGUUCAAGCUAUAUGGCUUUAAGUGGUUCACGUCGGCCACAGACGCUGAUAUGACGCUGACUCUGGCUCGCAUCACAGACCGGCACGGACGCAGCACAGCGGUACUGACACACACUCACAGCCGUGAUGUGCCGACGGCCGAGCUGCUGCUGGACGGCAUGAGCGCUGAGCUGCUGUCAGAGGAAGGCCGCGGCGUCGCCUCCAUCGCUAACAUGCUGACUAUAACACGCAUCCACAACACAGUGUGUGCGGUGGGUGCCAUGAGGAGGAUCACUCACCUGUGCAGGGAAUACGCACGCAAGCGUGCCACCUUCGGGAAGCUGCUAAAGGAUCAUGCGCUACAUGUGCAAACGCUCAGCAGACUGGAGGUGGAGACUCGCGCUGCAUUUCUGUUUGCAAUGGAAGUGUGUCGUCUGCUGGGCCGCGAGGAGAACAGAAGCGCUAGCGACAGAGACGCACUCCUGCUGCGGCUGCUCACACCCAUCGCCAAACUCUACACCGCAAAACAGGCGGUCAGUGUCGUGUCAGAGGGGCUGGAGUCGUUCGGCGGUCAGGGAUACAUUGAGGACACAGGGCUUCCCUCCAUGCUGCGCGACGCUCAGGUGAGUGUGUGGGAGGGAACCACUAAUGUUUUGUCUCUGGAUGUUCUCCGCUCCAUCGCGAAGUCGUCUGGGUCGGUUCUGCAGGCCUUCUUCACCGACGUCACCGAGCGUUUGCUGGUGGCCGAAGCGUCUGCUGCUCUGCGUCCGGCCGUCACAUCUCUGCGCACAUCGCUCUCGGCUCUGAAGCGUUUCGCUCAGACAGCAGCGGCUCGACCCGCGGGAACUCUGGAGCUGUCAGCGCGAGACCUGGCCUACAGCCUCGCUCGCAUUUACAUGGGAGCGCUGCUGGUGGAUCACGCCACGUGGGAGAACGCAACAAACACCGACAUCUACGCCGCUCUCAGGUGGUGUGAUCAGGAUCUGUGUCCGGUGAUCAGUCGAGACGCUGCCGGGUGUUAUGAUCCACAAACAGCAGCGAUGGACACGGCUCUGGUGUACGACGGCCUGCAGCCCUGAGAAAACACACACACACUCUCUCUCACACACACACACACUGCAUACACACACGCUCUCUCACACACACACUCGUAUUUGUUGUGGUAAAUCACAAUGUCUGCCGCUCUGCCGAGGCGUUUGAUUGUAGUCGGUUUCACUGUCAUGUCAAGAGUUCAUGUAGUGUGAAUAGUAAAAUAUAUGUAGUGUGUGUGUGUGUGUGAGAGAUCUCCUGGAGGAACCCACAGAAACUCUUCAGACGACUGCAAUCAGAUUCACUUCCGUUCAUUCAGAGCUUUGCUGUGAGAAUCGGAGAAAGAAAGAUCUACUGGCUCACGAUGAGAAUCCAAAUCAAACGCUGACUGUCUGACUGAAGAUAUAACAAACUCAACUAACUUGUAGGUUAACUAGUUUCAAAUGCUGGUUUGUAGUUGAUGUCACUUCUUGGGUGUGGCUAAUUAUUUCUUUAUGUGUAACUAAAUGAUUAUGUUUGAACAGAUGUGGUGAAUGAUGAUUGUAAUUGCUGGCUGCAUGAAUAAAUGGACAUGUGUUUGAUCUGA